AUGGCCGCUAUGGAUGAUGAGAAAUUGCCAAGUGAAAGCCGAGGGAAGCCGAUUCGAUGCAGAGCUGCUGUGAGUCGCAAACCAGGUGAGCCUCUAGUGAUUGAAGAGAUCAUGGUGGCACCCCCGAUGCCUCAUGAAGUCCGUAUUCGAAUUAUAUGUACCUCUCUGUGUCACACCGAUCUCUCCUUCUGGAAAAUGAAGGACUUCCCUGCAAUUUUCCCAAGAAUUCUUGGUCACGAAGCUAUUGGGGUUGUGGAGAGUGUUGGGGAGGAUGUCAAUGAGGUGACUGAGGGAGAUACCGUCAUCCCAACAUUCGUGUCAGAAUGUGGAGAGUGUGCAGAUUGUAAAUCGACAAGGAGCAACCUAUGUGCGAAAUUCCCCAGGCCCUCAAAUUUUAUGCCAAGAUACGGGACGAGCAGAUUCACGGACCUCAGUGGGGAGGUUUUAUACCAUUUCCUCUCCGUGUCUAGUUUUACUGAGUAUACAGUGGUAGACAUAGCCCAUAUCACAAAAAUUGACACUGCAAUACCCCCAAGCAGGGCCUGCCUCCUGAGCUGUGGAGUAUCGACCGGAGUUGGUGCUGCUUGGAGAACAGCAAAGGUGGAGAAGGGAUCAACCGUUGCUAUAUUUGGGCUGGGUUCAAUUGGAUUAGCUGUCGCGGAGGGAGCAAGACUUUGUGGAGCAGCUAGAAUUAUUGGCGUGGAUGUGAACCGAGACAAAUUUGAAAUUGGAAAAAAGUUUGGGCUCACUGACUUUGUUGACCCUGCGAAUUGUGAGAAUAAUUCUGUGAGCGAGGUGAUCAAGGAAAUGACUGGCGGGGGUGCAGACUAUUGCUUUGAAUGUGUUGGGCUGAUAUCACUGAUGCAAGAAGCUUACGCUUGCUGCCGAAAGGGUUGGGGAAAAACAGUUGUUUUAGGCAUGGACGGACCGGGCUCACAGGUGACUCUUCCCUCUCUUGAUAUCAUUUUUGGCAAAACCCUCACGGGAUCCUUAUUUGGAGGACUCAAACCUAAAUCUGAUAUCGCUGUCCUCAUCAAUCGAUAUAAGGACAAGAUUUCUUGCUUCUCACUCUUGCAAUCUUCCUACACACUCUCGGAAGAUCUUGCUGCUCAGCCUUUUGCUGAUUGUAAGGGAAUGGUUUUGGCGUCUGAGGGUAUGUCUGAAGGCCAGGAUGAAGAGGAAGAUGAUGCUGAAAGCCUCGAGAAUUCUAAAUUUAACAUCGGAUUAGUGAUUCACCAGACGGAACUCUUUCGAAUAGGGGCCUGGCCUGACGAGCUCACUCUAGGAAGAAAGAGUACCAAAAAAAAAUCUCAAGAGAUGCCACGGCUGCUCAGGGUUUGGAUUCAUGAUUUAGAAGAGGUAUUUGUAGAUCUGCAUCAAUUAGGGUUUGAUCUUCAUGAAUAUAAUAUGUUCCUCUAUGGUUUCCUUGUCACGAUCUACGGAGGGAAACUGAGAAGAUUCGUCCAUCACCAUUUUGAUCAGCAGCGUGGCUUCCUCAUCUCCCCUCCCCAAGAUAUUUCGGGAUCAAGUCGGACUCCAGCUAUUGGCUCGAAUUAUCUUUUGAGGUUUCAGUCAGUCUCAGUCUCAUUGUCAAGGCAGCUUUUGCACGUCCAUAUGGGAGCAUGCAUUUUUAGCGCUCGUCAACUUUGUCCAUAUCCUGCAAAGCUGUCAACAACAAGAAAUAGAAAAGUCAGGCAAAGUAUCAAGCAUGAGGAUUCUCGUAAGUUUGUCAAACUUUAUAUUCAUCAUUAUGUCCAUAAAGGUACUCAGACGAUGGAAGAGCAACAUUAUGUUCAUCAUUAG